CGAAACACGAACUUUCGUGGAGCUGGUGAAGUAAUCAACAUCUUUAAGAGUUCGCUUCGUAAGGACAGAAAAUAUGUCUGAAAGAGUAAGACAGAGAGCAACGAAUUCACCAGCUAGUCAGCAAAUUACGGAAAAUAAACCGAAGGAAAACUUGGAGAAAAACAAACAUGAGAGAGGUCUGGUGUCUUCGCUGCUUUGUGGAAUCGUAACGUUAGUUUGGGUUUUGUUCAAGACAACAGUGGGUGUGAUUUUGCUCUUUUAUAUCACAUGUGUGAUAAUAAUGUAUUCCUCACCAGAAGCAAGGGAGCUCAUGAUUUAUUUACAUCCAUUGAAGAAUCCAUUUGAAAAUUUGUCUGAUCCUAGUUCAUUUGGUUUACCUGAUAGUACUGUACAUUUUUACAUAUCUGGUCCUGCUGGUAAAUUAGGAGCAUGGAAUAUUCCCAGUCAACAUGCUGAUAAGGCCCAAGAUACCAAAACUGACAAGCAUUCCCACCUUAGUGAUGGAAAUCCAGUAUUUCUCUAUUUUCAUGGCAAUGCUUACACAAGAGGGACCGGCCACAGAUUAGGAGUUUAUAAGCUUUUGACUUCCAUUGGUUAUCAUGUAGUAACAAUUGACUAUAGAGGUUUUGGUGACUCUGAAGGAAAGCCAUCUGAAAAUGGACUCAUUGAGGAUGGUCUUGCUGCUUGGAAGUGGAUAAGAUCACAAAGUCCUGAGGCACCUUUGUACAUCUGGGGUCACUCCUUAGGUUCAGGAGUAGCUGGUGGAGUUGCAAAAGCUCUAUGUGAAGAAGGUUCUCCACCAUUAGGAGUCAUUCUUGAAGCACCUUUUAACAAUAUUUGGGAUGGUGCAGUCCAUCAUCCAAUAACUAUACCUUUUAGAUUCCUGCCAUAUUUUAAUGAGACUGUGCUAGAAGAAGUCAAAGAAGCAUUUCGAACUGAUAAGAGGUUAGCAGACGUGUAUUGUCCGAUACUAAUCCUUCAUGAUCGAAGUGAUGAGAUCAUAUCGUUUGCUCUGGGGAAAAAGUUGUAUGAAAGUGCUAAGUUUUCGCGGCCAGCUGAUGCAGGUCCUAUCAAAUUUAUUGAAUUAGAUGGACAACACGGCCAUAAGAUGAUUUACCAGUCACAAAAGCUCCCGGGGAUCUUAAGGGAAUUUGUCAGGACCAAUUGAUGCACUAGCUCAGCUACAAGUCAGAUGUUUUAAAACACGUGACGUAAGGAGCAAAUGGCUUUUAAAAAAUGGAUGCGAGGGCCGAGCAGUGAGGGGAACAAGAAAAUAAAAUUGGAAACGGUUUUACAAGAAGAUUACAAAAUGGAAAAUGGACAAGUUCAUGUUAAUUUUAGAAUGCCACUGUAGGUAAUUAUUUAAAAUGGAUGUAAACAUUUAAUUCAAGAUGUAAUUGAGUGGUUAGAAACACUUUUAAAAUAAACAUGCUAAUUCUCA